CCGGAGCCUCGGCUUGCGCAGUCCGGGGCUGCGGGAGCCGAGACGCAUCCCCGUCGGGUAGCAGCCAUGAGCACCCCAGCCGUGCCCCAGGACCUGCAGCUGCCCCCGAGCCAGAGGGCUCAGCCCGCGUUCAGAGAACAAAGAAGACAAAAACUCAAGGAACAUAUGUUAAAAAGAAAAACUUUUUUUGCAUACAAACAGGAAAAUCACAUACCCAGUAGCAGAGACCAGAAAGUGAUGAACUCUGAGGGCCAAGUCCACGAAGAGACAAAAGUUCUGAAAUUUAAAACAAAAAUGGCUGGUAAAGAAAAUGUCAGUAGACCUCCUGGGAACAAAAAUCAUGUAACAAUGGGAAAAAAUUGUAUUCCUUUAAGACCUUCUAAUGAAUUAACCAGUUCAACAAUAGCAGUUGACACACAUAAUUUUGAGGAUAAUAAUCAAAUGGGACAGUCCAUACCAAUUAAAGAUGACCCUCAAAGUCAACACAUGACAUUAAGCCAAGUGUUUCAUCUUAAAAACAACAAUAAAAAGAAACAAAUAUCCAUAGAAAAACCAAAGCAAGAUGCUAACAUGUCCAAGAAGCUUGUGCUCGGGUCUUACCGUGGCCAAAUUGUUCAGUCUAAGAUUAAUUCAUUUAGAAAGCCCCUCCCAGUCAGAGAUGAGAGUUCUGCAACAAUGAGGAAGCCUUCAGCUGCUGUCCCUAAAGACCCAGAGCCUCCACCCACAGACACUCGCAGUACAACAGUGAGAAGUGAUAAAGCCCCAAACGUGGUGACCACCACGAAACUUGGGAGCACUGCAGCUCAGGACAGACAGCUGGUGCGGCCUCCUAUCAGAAGUCACCGCGACAGUGCUCAGGACGCUGUGAAACUGGGCAUCGGGCGAGCCACUGCCAAUGUUACAAUCCGGAAGGGGCCUCGGGAGAAAGAAUUACUGCAACCAAACACGGUUUCAUCUAGUGCCAAAACCAGUUCUCAGGCUGUAGAGAGAAAGAAGACACUGUCAAGAAGCCUGACCUCUGAAACUGUAGCCAGGCCUGCUUCGUCUUCUAACACCAAACUGGUACAGAAAUCAAAAAGCAUUGACCCUCGCAGACACACUAUAGCAAAAGCAACUCUUGAUAGAUCGGCUCAGCCCAAAGAAACUGCAGAAGAGAGAAGAGUUCGUCUGGGUGAGUGGAAAGCUGGUAAAAAAAAAGUGCUGAAAAGGCCUCCUAGCUCAGUGGUUACCCAGCCUGAGCCUGAAGGGCAAAACGAAAACUCAGUUGGGUCCUUUUGGAUGACCAUGGUAGAAGAAGAUGAACAAAGAUUAUUUACUGAAAAAGUAAACAAGACAUUUUCGGAAUGCCUAAACCUGAUUAAUGAGGGGUGCCCAAAAGAAGAAAUAUUGGUCAUACUGAAUGACUUGAUUAAAAAUAUUCCAGAUGCCAAAAAACUUGUUAAAUAUUGGAUAUGCCUUGCACGUAUUGAACCACUCACAAGUCCUAUUGAAAAUAUUAUCACAAUCUAUGAGAAAGCUAUUCUGGCAGGGGCUCAGCCUAUUGAAGAGAUGCGACAUGCAAUUGCAGAUAUUCUAACAAUGAAGAGUCAAGAAAAAGUGAAAUAUGGAGAAAGUAUUGAGGUUUGUGCAACUAAGGAAUACAUCCAAGAAGUCAACAGUGAAGAUAUAGGUGUUAAUCUAGAGUCAGGAAGAGCAGAAAUGGAAAAGAAACCUAGAAAUGUGGUAUUUCAAGAUGGUGAAAAAGAAGAA